AGUCCUCUGGAGAAAAAGCGAGAUUUUAGCGGCAAGUUUGAUGCUAAGUGCUGUAAUCUCGGAAUUAUUGCCCUUCGACCCGCGCAGGCGCCCAUCUGACGCGGCCUCAUCACCUGAAGGUAUAUACGCCUUCGCUCCUCGUCUCUUUCCUGCACACCUGCUCUCCCGGUUCCGUCGUCAAUUCUUUUCGACGAUCACCACCCUUUCCCAGACAUUUAGCCAGAGUUUGGCCCAGCGCACAGACCAUCACCAUGCCUGACGGCUCGUACGCAACCCCCCAGCAGCGCCAGUUCAAUCCCUACACCGAGAACGGCGGCACCAUCCUCGCCAUUGCCGGCAAGGACUUCACCGUCAUCGCAGGAGACACUCGCCAGAGCGAGGGGUACAGCAUCCAGACGCGCUAUGCGCCGAAAGUUUUCAGACUAACCGACCGCGCGGUCCUCGCCGUGAAUGGCUUUGCGGCAGACGGGAACAUGUUCGUAAAGCAGGUCAAGCAAAGGCUUGAGUGGUACCGCCACGCCCAUGCAAAAGACAUGCCCCUCCGCGCCAUCGCUCGGCUCAUCCAGACCAUGCUCUACGCUCGCCGUUUCUUCCCUUACUAUGUUUACAAUAUUCUCGGAGGCAUCGAAGAGGACGGCUCAGGUGCAGUCUAUUCCUUCGAUCCCGUAGGCUCAUACGAACGCGAAGCGUGUCGAGCCGCGGGCGCUGCACAGUCACUGGUCCAGCCGUUUCUAGACAACCAGAUCUACUUUAAGAAUCAGCUCGCUGCUCCCGGGACGACGCAUCCCGCACACCUUCCGCUACCGGACGUCCUUGCCAUCGUCAUCGACUCGUUCACGAGCGCGACAGAGCGACAUAUCGAGGUCGGUGACGGCCUCGAGAUGUACGUCGUCCUCGCCAAGGGCCGCAGCGCACAAGAGCUCGCAAGCAUUAGUGGCCUCGCGGAAAUCACAACAAAGGCAGAGGGCGACCGGAUGUUCGUUAUCAAACGAGAGUUGAAGAAGGACUAGUGCACAUGUGUAUAUUGUAGACCAUCAUCCAAAUAUGCUGUAUAAUUUCGCUGACUGAAUGGCGGUCGCUUUUCUUCGCUUCGCACUCAUCUCUGAUUCGUUGCAUGCAUGGUUCACGAUUCAUAGAAUAACCGGGCUCGUCACUGCAGGCAGGUGUGUAUCAAUAGAGGUGCGCGAUGUGCGUAUAGCUAUUACAGUACUUGUGUGAUGUGAUUCCCCGAACUCAACGGCACCGACCGGAGCGCGUGGAUAUCGACUACAGUUCGG